AUGGCUCUCGGCGUCUCUUGUUUGAAUGGGAUUGAAGAAGCUGAAGCACAGUGUGCUUUGUUGAACUCUGAAUCAUUAUGCGAUGGAUGUUUCAGUUCAGAUUCAGAUAUAUUUCUCUUUGGUGCAAGGACAGUGUACAGGGAAAUCUGCCUUGGAGAUGGUGGAUAUGUUGUAUGUUAUGAGAUGGCAGAGAUUGAAAAUAAACUUGGAUUGGGACGGGAUUCAUUGAUUGCUCUCUCUUUGCAUCUCGGCAGUGACUAUCAUCAAGGAGUCCACGAUUCGAACUUCAAACCCUUCAAAUUGGUUUUUACGACCAAGAUAUGCAAUGGAACCGAAGCCGACGAAGAGGAGGCUUUUUCCGGUUUUCUAUUUGGCACGAGAUCGGCUUCAGGUGAUUACGGGCAAAGCUUUUGCAGGUCACAGUUUGUGAAGGUGGAUGUAGCAGAGGAUGGAAGACUAACUGAAGGGCUUCCGAGAGUUACCGAUGAUGAUGGGGAUGGUAUCUCAUUGCCAUGA